AUGUCGGACCCCGGAGUCGGCCAUGAAUUCCCCCCUCAGGAGGUGUCGUGGCACAAGCGCGACGUUUUGAUUUUUGCCAACAGCAUCGGCUGCAAAGCCGAUGAACUUCAUUUCCUCUACGAGCUUCACCCAAACUUCGCAGUUUUCCCCACCUAUCCUGUCAUCCUUCCGUUUAAGCUCACGGAUCAGGAAGUCACGGAUUUCUAUGCGCGCUCAGGCGGCGCGCCCAUCCCUGGUGUUCCGAAAUUUGAUUACCGUCGGGUGGUGGAUGGUCAGCGCAAACUCACGGUUCUCAAGCCCCUUCCCCCUACGAGUGCAGGCAAGCAAUUCGAGCUACGCAACAAGGUUGUUGGGGUCUAUGACAAAGGCAAGUCCGGCACUGUGGUUGAGACAGAGCAGGCAAUUGUGGAGAAGGGAACCGGCGAGGUAUAUUCGAAGACCGUGAGCAGCGGUUUCUUCGUGGGUCAGGGUAACUGGGGCCCCAACACCGUUAACUAUGCACCGCCUGAAGGCAAAAAGCCCGAUGCUGUCCAUAUAACCCAGACCAGCAUGGAGACAGCUCAUCUUUAUCGGCUCAAUGGUGACUACAACCCGCUCCAUGCGACCCCCGAGCCAGGCGAGAAGAUGGGCUUUGGAGGCGCCAUCCUCCACGGACUCUUCAGCUGGAACUCUGCUGCCCAUGGUAUUCUGAGGGAGCUUGGCGGGAGUGACCCCAAGAAUCUUAGGGAGUUUCAAGCGCGGUUUGCUUCUCCAGUCAGGCCUGGUGAUAGGCUAACCACCGAAAUCUGGAGAACCGGUAACCUCCAGGAUGGGUACGAAGAGGUCCUGUUUGUGACUAAGAAUGAGAAGGGUAAGGCGGAAUGCAGGACGUUGCACUUCGCAUCAUCGUUUACCCCACGAUGCAUUAGAUCGCGAUGUGAGAUGGCACGCGGACUUCCUAGGCGCUUUGCCCCAGUACGUGCACAGUCGUCCGUUGCCACGGAUCCGCAGGAGUCCCCCUCCGACGAAAAGGACGGAGCCGAGGGAAACGAAUGGGAAGAAGAGCACAGCGUGCGCGUACAAAUAGGGAAGAAAGAAAAUAGUAUAAGAAGCUUUGGGACUUUUUGGCUUCGGGAUAACUGCCGAUGUCCGCAAUGUAUUCAUCCUGAUACAAGACAACGGAUGGGUGACACUUUCGCGAUCCCCCCGGAUGUUCGCCCUUUGGAAAUUACAAGAACUAAAACUGAAAACUCGGAGUCUAUCGACAUCAAAUGGUCGGAUGGGCACCUUGCGACUUACCCUCCCAAAUUUCUCCUUCGGCACUCCAACAUGAAGUCCGGUGUCAGCAAGCGCUUUCCGUUUCUCAGCUUCAGACCAUUCAAGACCUUCAACCCCAGGCUUCGGCGCAGUAAACUGCCAAUGGUAAAAUAUGACGCUGUCAUGAAGGAGGACAAGGCUAUGUACGACUGGCUCCAUCGCAUAUACAAAGAGGGAUUCUGUUUUGUAACGGAUGUCCCUCGCGACCCGAGAUCUACCAAGAAACUCCUCGAAAGAAUUGCAUUUGUCAGGGAGACCCAUUACGGUGGUUUCUGGGAUUUCACGGCCGACUUGAGCUUCAAAGACACCGCGUAUACGAAUGAGUUCCUCGGUGCACAUACAGAUAAUACGUACUUCACUGAUCCCGCGAGACUUCAGCUUUUCCACCUUCUACAUCAUGACGGGGAGGGUGGCAAGAAUCUGCUCGUUGAUGGGUUCCACGCUGCUACCGUUCUGCGUGAAGAGAAUCCGGAGCACAGCCGUAUAUUGAUGGAAACCAAUAUUCCCGCUCAUGCAAGUGGCAAUGAAGGCAUGUGUAUACAGCCUGCUGAGCCGGAACCGGUCCUCAAGGCUCACCCGGUCCUCAAAAGGCUGUAUCAGAUCCGCUGGAACAACUACGAUCGAGCCCCCAACAACAACUGGAACGUCAAAGAACAGGUAGAGUGGUAUGCUGCAGCACGACACUGGAAUGAGAUUCUCGAACGUGAAAACAUGAAGAUCUGGAACACACUCCGACCAGGGACAGCCCUUAUCUUUGAUAACUGGCGAAUGCUUCACGGUCGCACCGAGUUCACGGGGAAACGCAGGAUGUGCGGGGGAUAUAUCAACAACGAUGACUUUAUCUCACGCUAUCGUAGUCUCAAGUACGGCACUGAAAGGGUUCGGGAUUGGGUCGGCAAUUAUUCGUUGGUACGCUCCAACCCAAACUGGCUUCUCUGA